AAUCACACCACCCGUUCUCUCACCCACCAAGAGGAAGCUAGGAAUCACCAUGCGUCGUUUGCUUACACAAAUAACAUGGCAGACCCUUCUGAAAAGCAUCUUUAAACUUAUACUUAGAAUAUUUUGACGAGUCUAAAUAUUCAACUUGUUUCCAAGGAUUACGAGGUGUUUUUUUGUGCUUUGCAGCCGAUAUAAACCCCAUGGUUAUGGAAUUAUGGCACGAGCUCCUGGGCACUUCUGCGCUGUCCCAUGUCUGCAUUCUGGCCUUGACAGUAUUCGUGGCCGUCUAUUAUCUAAUGCACACAUUUCGCAAACACCAGGAUUUCUCCAAUAUUCCUCCUGGUCCUAAACCAUGGCCAAUAGUUGGAAAUUUUGGCGGGUUUCUGGUUCCCAAUUUCAUCUGGAGGAGGUUUGGAGGCUGGGGAGGGAAGGACGUUCCAAAGUCAAAGACACAAGCUCUAAUUUCGCCUCAAGUUAUUAUCACAGAACAAGCUAAAGUUUACGGUAACAUCUACAGCAUGUGGGUAGGGAGUCAGCUGGUAGUAGUACUGAACGGAUAUGAAGUGGUCAGGGAUGCCCUCUCAAACCGGGCAGAUGUGUUCUCCGACAGACCAGAGAUUCCCACCGUUACCAUCAUGACAAAGCGGAAAGGCAUAGUUUUUGCACCUUAUGGACCAGUAUGGAGAAGGCAGCGCAAAUUCUGCCACACCACGCUGCGGAACUUUGGCCUGGGUAAGUUGAGCCUGGAGCCCUGUAUCCUUGAGGGACUGGCUGUGGUCAAAUCUGAGCUGCUGCGUCUCAGCGAGGAAGAUACUGAGGGUUCAGGAGUGGACCUGACCCCUCUGAUAACUAACUCUGUGUCCAACGUAAUCUCCUACAUCGCCCUGGGCCAGCGCUUCCACCACGCUGACCGGGAGUUUGGCGCCCUGCUGGACCUGAUGGCCCGCGGCCUAGAGAUCAUCGCCAACAGCGCGGCGGUCCUCAUCAAUGUCUUCCCCCUACUCUACUACCUGCCCUUCGGUGUCUUCAGAGAGGUACGGCAAGUGGAAAGGGACAUCACUGCCUUCCUGAAGCAGAUCAUCACCAGACACAGGGAGACGUUAGACCCAGCCAACCCCAGAGAUCUCAUAGACAUGUACCUGGUAGAGAUGCUGGCCCAGGAGGCCGCUGGGGAGACGGAGAGUAGCUUCUCAGAGGACUAUCUAUUCUACAUCAUAGGAGACCUCUUCAUCGCUGGUACUGAUACCACUACCAACACAGUGCUGUGGAUGAUGCUCUACAUGGUCCUGUAUCCAGAUAUCCAAGAGAGGGUGCAGGCGGAGAUCGAUGCAGUGGUGGGCCCAGACAGGGUCCCGUCUCUCACUGAUAAAGGCAGCCUGCCGUUCACGGAGGCCACCAUCAUGGAGGUGCAGAGGAUGACUGUGGUGGUCCCCCUGGCCAUCCCUCACAUGGCCUCAGAGACCACAGAGUUCCGUGGCUAUACGAUCCCUAAGGGCACAGUGAUCAUCCCCAACCUGUGGUCUGUCCAUAGGGAUCCCACUGUGUGGGAGGAGCCAGACGACUUCAACCCCUCUCGUUUCCUAGACGACCAGGGGAAUCUCCUGAGGAAAGAGUGCUUCAUACCGUUCGGAAUAGGACGCAGGGUGUGUAUGGGCGAGCAGCUGGCUAAGAUGGAGCUGUUCCUGAUGUUCACCAGCCUGCUGCAGGCCUUCAGUUUCAGACUGCCCGAGGGGCUGGUCCCUCCUCCCAUGCACGGGCGCUUUGGCCUCACCCUGGCCCCCUGCUCAUACACUGUGACUGUGAGGCCCCGGCGGUGAGGCCACCAGACGAACAACAACCGCUGACACCGUAAUUAAGCCAUAAGGCACAAGAGGAAGUGGUGUAUCAUGAAUACAGUCACAGGUAAACGGCGUUAGUUGGCCUGAUGCGACAGCAGAGGGCCAGUCAACCCAUUUGUCUGUGACUGUAUUCAUGAUACUGCCUCGUGCCUUAUUGCUUUUAUAAAACUGUUACUAAAAUAACAAUGAAUUACAUAUUUUAAUUAAAACAUUAUUUUGAUAAGUCAAUUCAUACUAUUUAAUUCUUCCACUAGAAGAUAUAGUCCAGACAAAAAUCAGGUUUUUAGUUAUUUUUGUCAUGAUGCUACCGACGCCACCCAGUCUUAAAUAUUUUUUGCAUAGUUGCAGGGAGUCCAUUCUAAACAGUUACAGGGAGUCCAUUCUAAACAAAAUGGGUGCAAUGCAGGGGACCAUGUCUGUUCCCAGGGCCCUAUGUUCCCUCAGCCCAUGUUCCCAGGGCCCUAUGUUCCCUCGGCCCAUGUUCCCAGGGCCCUAUGUUCCCUCGGCCCAUGUUCCCAGGGCCCUAUGUUCCCUCGGCCCAUGUUCCCAGGGCCCUAUGUUCCCUCGGCCCAUGUUCCCAGGGCCCUAUGUUCCCUCGGCCCAUGUUCCCAGGGCCCUAUGUUCCCUCGGCCCAUGUUCCCAGGGCCCUAUGUUCCCUCGGCCCAUGUUCCCAGGGCCCUAUGUUCCCUCGGCCCAUGUUCCCAGGGCCCUAUGUUCCCUCGGCCCAUGUUCCCAGGGCCCUAUGUUCCCUCGGCCCAUGUUCCCAGGGCCCUAUGUUCCCUCAAACAGUUUUUUCCUUCAGCUCUAUCUUCUAAACAAGGCAACAGUAAAUAUUAAAGACAAAAACCUUCUGUUAUGUGAUCAAAUAUUUUACAUAGCUUAUAUUUUUCAUACCCUUUGGUAUUUUGGUGCGUUAAUCCACUGUUACUGAUGGCCAGUGUUCUGUUACAUGUUUUUGAAAUAUGUAUUUCAAUUACUUGAGUAUUUUGUAAUUUGUAUUUCACUGGACUGAAAUAAGUUUAAAAAUCAAAAGUUAUUUUGAUUGUCUAUUGCAUUAUGGCAAUAAAAUAAAUCAAAUGAUGAUCUUGAUGUGCUUUAAUGCAACUGUUGCACACACUAUUCUUGUCUUGUCAGUAGAAAGUGCUAUUGCAUCCUAUCAAACUACAAUGGUAGACUGUUGUUCAUAUUUUGCUGUGUUCUAGUGUACUAUGGAAUAUAUUGCUUUUUUAUUCUUGACACUUCUCCCAGUCAUAUUUAAGGUUAGAACUACCUUUCUAAGUGUCCUGAUACUUCUAGCUUGGAGUUGUAUUUUUAUGAUAACAUAGCUACAGUAUUUCACUUUUUAAUGUGUAUAGUAUUGCUUACUAUGUGUGUCCAAUCAAUUUUUUUACCACUCCCUCUUCUAAUUGGGACUAAUUGGAAAAGCUGUUCAAAAGAGGACAUUGUAUUAUUUCUUUGUACUCCCUGACGAAGGCCAUGCAGUCGAAACGCGUCACAUUUUUAAAACGUUGUUUCUAUUGAACAUGCCAUACUAAUAAAGGAAUUUUAAUUAAUUAUA